CAAAUACAAUUGUGAUACCUUGAUUAACACUAUAUUCGUCUGCUUCGAUAAUGCCAGUACGUCGAUUGUUCUACCGAUUUGGCAUGAAUGGUUUUAUAUGUGACAUGCGACCGCCGUAAACCUUAACGCGAAUACACAGAAUGUAUUAUUAUAAUCAUUAUGGUUAUUGUAAUCAUCUCACAAACUUGUACUGGCUCGCAGAAAUCAAUUGCUUUUUCUGUCCCAAGAAAAGGGAGACUUGACGAAUUCCAUCUGUCGACCCCGCCUUACGUUCAAAACUCACCCCUUCGCAAAUCCAAAGGGUUCAACCAUGAAAUAAAAAAUUUCUAAAAUUUCCCAGAUUCUCGGGUUACCUCGCCAUUGGUCGGUUUGAAAAAUCCACGAAACUAGACAAAUUAAUGUUGGCGACAUUGAUUCCAUUACAUUUUAUUUUAAAAUAAAUACAUUUAAUUACGCGAGAAAUAAUUUUAAGAAACUGACUUAAAAGACAGCUAAAAGAUAAGUUAAAUCGAGUAGAAAUUAAUUUACACAUAAACGUAAAAGAGCAGAACAAACAGAAACUUAAAAUUCUCAUUAAAAACAACUCACAAAACUCUCUAGCUCUUUCUGUGCCAUUACCGGUUAAUUGCGAAACGACAAAUCAAACCAUUGAAGCUGUUGUUGGUUAGAACAAAACGCGAUUAAUGAAUAAAAUAUUAUUCUUCUCUCGUGAGAUAACACAUAAUAACAUCUUCAAGUUACUUGAACAACUGCUUAUACUCAUACAAAUGAAAUUAUAAUAUUCUGCACCGCUUUAUUUCGUGCAAGAUUUGAGCGAUUUAUGAAUAUUAUCCACAAGCUCGAAUUUCACGAUUGUUUGGUAGCGCAUUCGAAAUAAUUUCCUGAAUGAUAUUCCUGAUUUCAUAGACAUCGUGUUAUCUGCUAUCAGCGAAAACGAAGAAAUGGAAAAAUCCGCGAGCAGCCAGACAAACCUCGAGAACCCUAAAAAUCCGGGAUUAGAAAUUAAUGCUCACAUCGAACAGUUUAUGACCUUGAAAAAAUCAAUUGAGAAGUCUAACAAAGAGAUACAGUACUGGAAGAAUCAGAAAUCCAAGUUAUUCGAGAGUAAUAGCAACAUUGAGAGAAAUUUUAAAAAAUUGUCGCGGCAGAUAUCCGAUACAGAGGAGAAGAUAUCGGAAAGUAUGAGGAUCCACAUUGCGAAGAAGCAGGAGAUAAAGGAUUUGCAAAACGCGAGAACAAACACAUCGCACAAACAAUGGAACGAUUGUUUGUCGGGAAUAGGAAACUACGCGGAAGGUCUUUCUCAGUGGAUUACGAAUUACUCUAGAUACGUUUUGAUGAAAGACCUCAAAAAUCACCAGAAAGAAUGCAGAAAAGUUAGCGAAGAACUUGCGAUUCUAAAGGAAGAAUUGAAUACUAUGAAAAGAGACUGCGACUCAAAUUAUGUUGAAGCUAACGUUGAUGAUAAUGACGACUUAUCAAACCUUAAUAAUACAAUAUCCAAUAUCAGAUCGAGCAACAGCAGUCUAAUGAAAAAUAUCAGAUUGGAAGAAGAGACAUUGAACAAGAUACAGGACAAGAUAAAGCGAAGUAAAGUCACACUCGAUGAAUCUAAGACAAAGGAAAAAAUUAAUUUAUUCUAAUAUAUUUAAGAUUUGUUUCUCCUUUUGAAUUGAUUAAAAAAAAUAGAAUUAAACAUUUUGGAAAAGUAUCAAUUAAACGUAGUUGCUAUAUAAAAUUAAUUAAUUCACGAUAAAUAAUAAUUUAUAAAGUACUUAAUAAUUUAUAAUUUACUAAUACUUUGUAAAAUAUACGUUAAGUGAUUUUUAAAUAAUUAAACUUAAUUAACAAGUUGACGUUGUAUAUCGAUAUAACAUAUAUGUACAUAUACGUUAUUUACAAGAAUUUACUAAUUGUAUAAUU